AUGGAUUUUUCUGUCUACCUCCUGACUCUGACUCUGCUUUCUCUCCUCUCUCAGUGCACAGGUAUGAGCCCAGUUUGCUUCUUUUCCCACACGCUCUCUUUAAUAUUCAGUGUCAGGUCAUUCCAAUUGCAGAGCUAACUGUAAACUAAUUAGAUUAAGAGAUUAACUGAAAACUUCAUGAAAGACUGAGAGGCCUGAGACAAAAGUGGGAUAACCGGGCGUAGUGACUAAAAAAAGUUCCUCUGAGCUGAAGAAAACUUGACAAAUUCAGUAAUUUCCAGAAAAACAAGAUAACAUGAUGACGUGAAUGUAAACAUUUUUGACUAAAUCUUUAACUGGAUAGUGGUGCUGUGUAUCUUUAUCAUAAAAUAGAAGAAAUAACCUCAUACUUGCAAAUCACUGAACUAUCUCAAGGAACUUUAUUUGUCAUACCUGACAGCUUUGACAGUCUGUGGUACGAAAUUAGUACCCAAGAAUAAAAAUACAAUACAAUAAAUCAAAUAUAAUACAAUAGACAAGAUACAAUUCAAUAACAAAGAGCAGAAACUCUAGAUUACAUCGUAAAAAUAGCAUUCAGUAUAGAUAUUUUAUAUUAACCAACAUAUCAUAGAUUAAGAUAUAUUAUUAAUAUCUGCUGUUAGAAAACAGAUGCACUAUCAGCCACAGGUACAGAUGGUUGCAUAACUUAGAUGUACUGCAGGGAUUUUACAUCGCCCUGGUUAUCUUGGAUUGAUUGUUUUUUUCCUGCUGGGUUUCAGAUCAUGUCAGAAACUUUUACAAAUCCAAGUUAGAGAUGCUCCACUUUUUAUGUUUAGACAGUGACAAUCACAAACAAACACCAUUUUCCCAAUUUUAAAUAAAAUAUUAUCAGUGGAAGUAAGAAGCUAAUGUCAGGCAACUAGAUAAACCACCGGUCUUGUUUAGAAGAUGACUGUUUUUCAAAUUUGUGAAACCUUUUAACUAUCCAAUAGUUUCUUCUUUAGAGAAUUACAAAGUAUAAAAGACACAAACAUAGAAAAUUAUUGUCUUAUUUCAUUCACAUUCAGCCUUAUCCCAUUUUUGAAAAUCGGCUCAGAUCACCCAGGAGGUCAAACAUUCAAACUUUUUAUUGUUUUAAGCGGUGGGCACCUGAAAGAGAAAAGAAAAGAAAGUCAAUCUCUGUGGUUUUACUCUUUGUGCUCUUAUGUUUGACUUUCCUUUGCGUCUCGGUUUUAGCCCACAGGUGUCUGUGCCAGGUGGAGGAGAGCCAACCUCCACCUGUGCAUUGUUCUGGGUUGGUGAGAACUGUUGUCCCCCGUCAAAGGAUGGCAUUGUGGGUUAAUCUAUGUUCUUAUAUUAGCUAAAUGGUUCUCUUUAGUGCCCUUCAUUCCCACUGUGGAGUCAAACACUGGAGUUUCUUUCACAUCAGCAACACAAUACACGACUAAGUGACUUCAUCAGCACCUGUUGGAUGGAGGCGUUUCAUGCCACGGUGUCGGGCCAGAUCAGGUGUUGGAUAAAAAUUUUACCAGCCAGUGAUUCACUCUAUUCUGAAUCCAAUUAAUGUGAUCAUAACAGGACUUAUAAUUAAAAAUCAGUUCAUUAGUUAUAAUGUAGUGUUUUCAUUGGUUUGUAUUAUAUGAUGUUGAUGGCUGAUGAUGACUAAAACUCGACUGCGAUCAUUGAUUUAAAAAGCAUUAUGAUCAUGGCUGCCAUCUUCACCAUAUUCAGGUCUAUCAAUAUGUCUGUUUGCCUCAGGCCUGUAUAUAUGUGUUUAAUGGACUGGGCUUUUUAGCAUUUGGCAUCAAGAAACAAGGAAAAAUCUAUUGGCAAGUACAGCAGAGCUCGUAUGUUACAAACCCACAGUGGUUAAACAGACCAGUUUUUAUGACAAGACAGCCAAUAUGGAAGACUCUUAAGUGUUUCACAUGUGUUUACUAAUGCUGAGGUGUAAUAACUCAAAGUUUUGGGUGUUUUUUGCACACAAGACAUGAACAAACACUUUCAAAUGCAUCAAACUUCUAACGAUUUAUUAUUUUUACCUUAAAGUCCUACUCUGAUCAUUUUUUUUCACUACCUAAAGUGUUCUCAGUGGUCUGUAAAUUGUGAUUAUGAACUUUUUUGGCCAAAAUCACAUUAUCGGAGUCAUUUUUAAGGACUUUUCUUCUGCAGAGCUCCAGUAGCUCAUUAGCAAUUCGCCUGUGAGUCGUGGGCGGAGACAGCGCUGCUCUGCACACUCCUCUUCAUGCUAGCGUGUAGCCUAACAUUGUCGGUGUAGUAGAAGAAGCAGGUAACAUGAGAGCUAUUCAGCUCUCAGACACUAAUGUCUUUGGGGACAUGAUGAAUGUUAAUAUCAUAGUUAGCUUUCUUACGAGUAUCGCAAUCCGCUAACACAAACGCUUGUUCCGCAAUCGUCCUCUCUACUCCUCCGAAUCUGGCCUGCAUAGUGGGGCUCAGGGGGCGGAGCUUGGAGUUGUGAUGUAUGAAAUCUCACUGUGUCUGAACCUGCCGUUUGGGUCUGCGAGAGGUUCACUGUGAUUUGAAUGCAGAAAUACUCAGAAAUGCAAUUUCACACUUAGUUUUCUCAUGAUAUGUCCUGUAAUGGACUCAAAACUAAGGAUGGUUUUUCUGAUUGUGGCUAUUUGCUUUACAAAGAACAAUAAUAAAUAAUGAGUAAUGUUCACAUUUAUUCACCCUUUGUCGCUACAGUGGUAGUUAGCUUGUUCUGUAUUUUUAACUUUACAUUUUCAGUGUUUCUUUAAGUUAAAUGGUUCUUUCCUGUGUAAUCUUUUACUACGUGUCCUUAUGAGCGAGAGUAUCAAGGUCAUCUCGUCACAUUGUGACUGACUCGGUCUUGUGACUGUCAUACAUCAUUACUUUGUCAUUGCUGAUAAAUUUGUCUUGUUUGGUUCCUAUAAGUUCACUCAGAGUAUUCAUAUUUAACUUGAGACAACAAAAAGUGCAGCUAAAGGGCGGGAUUAAUGAUGUGAGCAUUAAUCAUUACGUUGUGUUAUGUGAGUGGAAAGCGUUUUUUGCCCGCUCUGACCUGUCAAAGUUCAGCUGCAGAGCCAGACACAUUAGCUGGUGGAAAACACUGACUAAUAGAGCGUGAAAACCAGAGGAAUAAAUAUUCAUUUAUUAACUUGUGAAAGUUGUUUUGUUUGGCACAGGGGAGAGAUGUCCUGACCAAAAAUAAAGAGUGUCUGUGUCUGUACUCUCUGCAGCCCAGUGGUGUUACCAGAACCAGUACUCCUGUGAUGACACAUGCAGAGGUAAGACCACAUGGAGCGAUAGGAAUAAAAGAAAAUACCAUAAAAGAGUUAAACUCUGAAAAAGAGUCUGUUGGUAAAACACUGGUCUGCUCCAGCAUGGUCAUUUUUAAUCUAUUUUUCCAAUUCAGUUAAAGGGAUAUUGCGGCGUACAAUUAAUUUAGGGUCAAACACAACGUAACACCAAGUUAGACACCCUGUCGAGAGAUGAAUGUUGCCGACCGCUUGCUUCUCUACUUAUACCAACUUGAGUAACAACUGCACGAUAGCAAUACACAGCAGUCUGAGCCAUAAACAAACCUCAACCAAAACGCGACUCUAUAGCCACUAAUAAUGCUCAGAACAGCACCUAACUUCAUCAACAGGACAUAUAGGGUCCCAGCCACAGUACUAGUUAUCAAACAUCUUUUUAGCUUUGCCUAAUUUCUUUCGCAAAGAGAAUAAACACAACUCACCUACUCUCUUCCAGCAGUCGCUUGUUUGUAGCGAGACCUCGGGCCAGUCCAUUACGGACUACAGCGGGGUGACACAGCUCAAGGAAGAACAUUUAUGAUUAUUUCUUUAUCAUUUCCUUGAAGUAAUAAUCACCAUAUUAAUCAUUUUGCACUGCAGACGCGGGAGUUCUUCUGCAAUUUCAUUAAGUAAUAAUCGUAAAUGUUCUUCCUUGAGCUGUGUCACCCUGCUGUAGUCCAUAAUGGACUGGCCCAAGGUCUUGCUAUCAACAAACGGCUGCUGGAAGAGAGUAGGUGAAUUGUGUUAAGUCUCUUUGCUAAAGAAAUCAGGCAAAACUAAAAAGAUGUUUGGUGGCUAGUACUGUGGCUGGGCCCCUACCGUCAUAUCGUGUGGUCAUUACUAAAGUUGGUAUAACUAGAGAAGCAAGCGGUCGGCAACAUUCAUCUUUCGAGGGGGUGUCUAACUCAGUGUUACGCUGCAUUUUUACGCCAGAAUAUCCCUUUAAAACAUUACUCUGUCAAAUGGUCGAAAUUUGAAAAAAGACCUGCAAGGCCAGAAGACACCGUAGACAAGCACCCAUACAUCUCUACUUAUUCUCUCAAAAUAUAAUUAAAUAUUGUUGUUUUGUAGAGAUCCUGACUGAUUUAUCUUGUUCUUUGUGAGAUAAUAACACUGAUUUUCUUGCCGUAAAUAAAUCCAGCUGUCAUCUCCAGAUUUAAACAUAUAUUUCCUGAUCGUCAUCGAGCUAAAAGAACGUUUUUUUUCACCUUAUUGGAGAUUAAUUUACCUCUAUCUCGAGAUGAAAAAUACACUUUAUUUAACAUUCAAGUUCAGCCAUAACUGUGUGUUGUUAUAAAAUUAUAAUACUGUUGCUGCUCUUAUUUGUCUUGAUCAGAUCCCACCCGCUGGGCAGCUCAGUUCCCCAGCUGUGGAGGAUUACGCCAGUCACCGAUUAACAUUGUCACCCACAAAGUUCACGUUAACAGCGCCUUGCAACCCUUUGACUUCAUAGGUCACACCAACACAAACAACAUAACAGUGCAAAACAAAGGACACUCUGGUAAAAUAGAGCUAUGAUAUGCUGUGUCAUGUUCCCCACACAUAUUCUCACAGAUGUUGAAUUAUUCUGUUUGUUUUGCGUCCAUCCUAAGAGACAGUUUCUUUCUCUUUAGCUCAUUUUCUUCUGCCGCAGUCUGUGCGACUGAGUGGAGGAGCUCUGCCUGGUCUGUACAAAGCCGACCAGUUUCACUUCCACUGGGGAGGAAAUGGGAGACCAGGAUCAGAGCACACCAUAGACGGGGAGCGGUUCCCCAUGGAGGUACACCACAGCAGCCUGGAUACUGUUUAUUGCAUUGGAAAACAGGAGUCACUGAACAGGAUCAACCAUGGAAAUUAUUUCUGUGGUUUCUUCAUUUCCUGUAACCAGUGCUGCGCAGUAGCGAUGCGCGCAUUUGGCCACGCAGUCGCUGAGAGUCGCUGUGAGUCGCUGUGAUGACGCUCGGCUCAAACAGCGUAUCCCCCGGGAGAGCGACGCAAUCCCUGAACGCUCAUAGGCUGUAUCAAUAAUAAUAAUAAUAAUAAUAGAUUUUAUUUGUAACGCACUUUACAUUUGAAAACAAAUCUCAAAGUGCACAAUCAUAGAAAACAUGAACCCCCUAAUAACUUAUAAAAAUUGAGCUGUACAAAAAAAAGAGGACUUGAGCACAAACCAGUCCGACAGUAACUACAUGUCAACAUCACAAGCAAGGGGGAGAAACAUUUAUAUUCUGUGUGAUUAAUUUCUAGAGUUUGUCCACAGCUCCAUAGGGAUUGCUGGAGGAGGUGAGAUCUAUGACCUAUACUGCAGCCCGUCAACAGAGGGUGCUGUUCUCAUGGUGGAUUCAACCAGCAAUUCACCCAUUCUAUACACAGUCUAUGGUUUAGUCCCUUUGCUAAAGAAAUUAGUCAAAGUUAAAAAGAUGUUUGGUGGCUAGUACUAUGGCUGGGACCCUAUAUGUCCUGUUGAUGAAGUUAGGUGCUGUUCUGAACAUUAUUUGUGGCUAUAGAGUGGCGUUUUGGUUGAGGUUUGUAUAUGGCUCCUCAGACCGCUGUGUAUUGCUAUCGUGCGGUCAUUCCUAAAGUUGGUAUAACUAGAGAAGCAAGCAGUCGGCAACAUUCAUCUCUCAAGGGGGUGUCUAGCUCGGUGUUACGGAGUGUUUGACCCUGAAUUAAUUUUACGCCGGAAUAUCCCUUUAAUCGUAGAUGUAGAUUUGGUAGAACCUGGAAUAUUUACAUACUUCAAAGUAGACCACUACAUUUUUAAGAUGGGGAAUAAAGAGUUAAAUCACUCUCUCACUCUGUUCUGGUUUUUAGCUUCAUAUAGUCCACAUCAAGGAGCCGUAUGGAUCUCUGGCAGAGGCCGAACAUGACAUGGCGGGUAUCGCUCUGCUUGCUUUCCUGUUUGAGGUAUGAUUUUUUUAAAAAGGAAGAAGAUCUAUUUGUGUUGAUGCUCUAAUUUUUAGAUAAACAAGAUUAGUGAUGAAGUUUAGGAUUUGAUUUCGAUGCUGUCUUCUUCACAGGAAACAACAGACGAUCAUCCUCAUCUAGAUGCAGUGAUAGCUGCUUUGGGACGUGUGCAAAACAAUGGUGUGAGAAUUCUUUCUUGAAAGUAAUUGAUAAAAUGUUAUGUGAUGAAAUUUGUUUUUCACAACAGCCGUGAAGAAAUGCACUUUAAGAGGUCCAUUUCUAGAAACACUAAACCAGCUGAUAAAAUAACUACCCAUCUUUCUCUCUGUGUUCAGGCAGCAGCACAGUGAUCCCAAACUUUCGACUCAGUGAAAUCAUCCCGGCAGCGAAAGAGCUCCACAAUUAUUACCGUUACGUGGGUUCCAUGACAACGCCAGGCUGUGAACAGGCGGUGGCAUGGACGGUGUUCCACAAGACCCUGUCCAUCAGCAGCCGACAGGUGAGAGACCGAUGGCCGAGGAAUUGGUCACACUGGUAAUAAAAUCAGGCUCUCCUUCCUAAAAGGGGAGAUUUAAAAUGUUAUAAAACGCAAACAAGAUCAAGUGUGAGUAUUUUGUUUUGUUAAAGCUUUAUGGACUGUUUUUAUUUUAAUAGCCUUUCUUAUCUUCGUCAUGAGUUAUACCUGUUUCAGCAGCAGGUUGAUCUUCACUCAUAUCAGUUUAAUUCAUUAUCAGAUAAAUAACUCCUGAGGGCUUAUUUCAUGCACUUAAAAAGCGAAGUAUUGUUUUAUGUUUAAUCAGCAGUCAUCUUCUAUCCUUUUAAAGACUCUCCAGACUCUGUAAUCACUCACCUUUAGUCUUCCUCCUCUCCUCUGCAGCUGGAUGCGAUCACUCGGCAGUGUCGGUUUUGGACCGGGCAGCCGAUGACUGACAUCUUCAGACCCACACAGCCUCUGGAUGGCAGAGUCGUGUACCGGUCCAAGGCGAGCACAGCUCUAACAAGCGUGAUCCACCUGCUGGCCUGUGUUUUCUCUGUGGUGUUUGGGACAACUGAUCUAAUAAACUGA